AUGACAUCUACUAUCAAACUACUCUGUAUUUACAUAUUUAGUGUCCAUGACUGUGUCCGAACAAAAAGCCUGAUGUACUACUACCCAGAGGUAGAAAUGAAGAAAGAAGGGUCUGAGGUAGCAUCUGAGAACGAUCACAAAAUACAUCUAAGAGGGCACACCAGACUACCGAAUGACACUGAUUUUGCGAAGAUUGAUGAAGCAGAACAAAUAAAAGAAGUUCAUCUACCAAGUGAAUAUGAGCAGUUGAUUCGUGAUUCAGUAAGGGGAAAAGGUCGCUUUAGUAAAAUUAAGAACGAACAGAAGAUGGUUUUUGAUAUGAAAAAACUCUGUAAAGAUACCAGAAAGGCUGCUUUGAGGGAUAUUGAAAAUGAUAAAGUAUUGAUAUCCGAAUAUCGGUGGUUCUCUUACGGCCAAAGUCAAGAGUUAGUAUGGGGCACUGCCGGGCCAGACGCUGUGACUGUAGACCGUCCCGGAGAAGUCUGGAUGAGAAAGACACUCGAUAAGAAGGAACCUUGA